UAAACGCUUUAUUUUUACUUUUUUUUUCUCUCCAUUGAAAAGUUUGAGAAGAAAUUUUUAAACUAUAAGUUCGUAUGCGAAAAUAAUUAAAUAUUAUAAUCAUUGAAAUGAAGAUGAAAUUUGAAGAUAGGAUGCAUUUAUGAAUACUUCUCAACUCAAAUUUAAAGGAAGCAGACGCUGCAAUGCGAUACACAAACUGUGAAACGCCUACCGUUUUUGUUUUGAAUUAUUCCAAGUCUUUCAUUUUGUAUUGGUGUUCACGUACAGAACAAAAGCAUCUACUAAUGCUAAAUGUCAUUUCAAAGCUGUAGACAUGGAAGAAAAGGAAACAUCCAAUCACCUUCCCAAUGAAGAGAAUGAAACCUUUUCCGAACCGAACUCCCCCACUUUAGAGACAGUAUCCGGUUUUUCAACCUGUUCCUCUCCCCUCCCACCAGAACCAUUUGAGCCUUUGUUUUCUGUGAAGUUUUCUGGAAAUGUAGAAAAGGAUGGCGAUGUUGUUAAAUACACUAUCAAAACAAAAAAGAUAUCUGAUGAUUCAUCUUAUUCAGUUCAAAGGCAAUAUGAAGACUUUGAAUGGCUUGAACACUGCCUCAUAACUGCCAACCCUCUUCCUGGACUCAUUUUUCCACCCUUGCCACCUAGGCCGCCAAUAACAUCAGAAAUGGCUGAAGCCAGAUCAAAGAAACAACUAGGAAAUUCUACAAAAACGUUAAUGGGUGACCAAUUUAAUAAGGAUUGCCUUCAAUUGGAACAAUAUUUACGUUUACUUCUGUCUCACCGACUGUUUGGAAAGGAUGAAGGCCUUGAAAAGUUUCUAACAGAAAAAGAGCCUCCGCCCCGAGCAAAAAUCAAAAAAGGUUUCUUCAACAGAUUAUCAGAGAGCUUAGAAGGACGCAAGCAUACCCACCGAGAUUGUGAAGAAUUUUUCCAGAAAGAGCGUGAUUGGGUGUCAAAGUAUAGCUUACAAAUUAAAGAUAUCAAUGAGGCCUUUUCUUCUGUUGUCUAUUCUCAACAAAGGUUAUGUAGUAUUAUAGGACAUUUAGCUACAGCAUUAACUUUAAAUAGAGGAUCGAACGAACCGGCUGCCAAACUAGAAGCAAAGUUAUGUGGUUUGUUUUCAGAGGCCUUAGAAGAUGCUAGACAUGGUAUCCAGGUGCUAUCAUAUAAUGAGGAAAACACUUUAGGUGCCUAUUUAAAUCUGUAUACAAGUUAUAUUGAAUCAGAAAAGGAAAUGCUUGCUCAAAGAACAAGUUUGUUGGUAGAAUAUGAAAAUGCAAAUAAGGCAUUAGACAAGGCAAAACCUCUGAAAAAACAAGCUGCCGAAAACGCUAAAUUAUCUGCAGAAAAAGCGUUUGAAGACUGUUCAGAUGUAGCUAGACAAGAGAUUAAAAAAUUCCACAGACAAAGGAUAAGCAUGUUCCAAGAAAGUUUAGAAAAGUUUGCAGAAGCAGAGUUAAGGAAUGCAAGAGAUGUGGCAGCCAUGCUGGCUAAGUCAUUAACAAAAAUAAAACAGUUUGAUGUCACAUUAUAAAGGGGUCAAUAAAUUUAUGUCAAUGAAUGCCUGAAGAU